AUGGCGUCCUCCAAGGGCUCCUGGGCCGCACUUGCAUUGCUCCUCCUUGUUGCUCUCGCGUCCACGGCCGUCAAUGGCGACCACAAGCUCUCCGCCGGGUACUACGACAAGACGUGCCCCAACGUGCAGCGCGUCGUGCGGCGGGUCAUGGCGUACAAGGUCGCCGGCGAGCCCGCCAUCGCACCCGCCAUCCUCCGCCUCUUCUUCCACGACUGCUUCGUCAACGGAUGCGAUGCCUCCGUUCUCCUGGACGGCACGUACUUCUCCGAGAGCGAGAAGGACGCGCUGCCGAACGCUUCCCUCCGAGGCUUCGAGGUGAUCGACGAGAUCAAGUCCGUGCUGGAGCACAACUGCCCGGCCACCGUCUCCUGCGCCGACGUACUCGCCCUGGCGUCCCGGGACGCCGUCACCAUGCUCGGAGGGCCCGCCUGGAGCAUGCCCCUCGGCCGCAUGGACUCUCGCACCGCCGACAGGGACGGCGCCGAGAACCUCCCCAGCCCACGCGACAACUACACCUCGCUCGUCUCGACGUUCAGGGAGCGCGGCCUCGACGCCCGCGACAUGACCGCGCUCUCCGGCGCGCACACUGUAGGGAUGGCCAACUGCCAUAACUACAGGGGCCGCAUCUACGGCACCGACGGCGACACCAACAUCGAUCCCUCCUUCGCGGAGACUAGGCGGCAGACGUGCCCCGACGGUGACAAUGAGGGUGGCAUGGCGCCAUUUGACGAGCAGACGCCGAUGACAUUCGACAACGCCUACUACAAGGAUCUGAUCGCGCGGCGUGGCCUCCUCAGCUCCGACCAAGCUCUCUACGGCUCGGGUGGGCGGCAGGACGAUCUUGUGGAGAUGUAUAGCAGGGACGGUAAGAGGUUCGCGAAGGACUUCGCGAAGGCCAUGGUAAAGAUGGGGAACAUACGCCCGUCCAAGGGGACCACGCUGGAGGUCAGGCUCAAUUGCAAGAUGGUCAACUAG